GGGUCGUGUUUCAUCUCUCCGCUGCAGGCCGAGCUCGGCCGAGGGGACCCGAGAGGGGCCGAGGCCCGCACUGUAGCGGUACCGAGCAAGAGGCUGCCGGACGCGCCCCACCCGGCACCAGGCGGAGCCAGAGAUGCUGGCUAGGGCCGAGCGGCCCCGCCCGGGCCCCCGGCCGCCUCUGGUCUCGCCCUUCCCGCCUCCGCUGCUGCUGCUGCUGGCGAUGCUGAGCGCCCCGGUGUGCGGCCGCGUCCCCCGCUCGGUGCCCAGAACCUCCCUGGCCAUCUCCGAAGCUGACUCCUAUCUCACCCGGUUUGCUGCCCCUCAUACCUACAAUUACUCUACUCUCCUCGUGGACCCUGCUUCUCACACACUUUAUGUCGGUGCUCGGGACAGCAUCUUUGCGUUAACCCUGCCCUUCUCGGUGGAGAGACCCCGAAGGAUCGACUGGACGGUGCCUGAGACUCACAGACAGAACUGUAGGAAGAAAGGCAAGAAAGAGGACGAAUGUCACAAUUUCAUCCAGAUUCUCGCCAUUGUCAAUGCCUCUCACCUCCUCACUUGUGGCACCUUCGCUUUUGAUCCGAAGUGCGGGGUUAUUGAUGUGUCCAGUUUCCAGCAGGUUGAAAGACUUGAGAGUGGCCGGGGGAAAUGUCCUUUUGAGCCAGCUCAGCGGUCAGCAGCUGUAAUGGCUGGGGGCGUCCUCUACACUGCCACUGUGAAAAACUUCCUGGGGACGGAGCCCAUCAUCUCCCGAGCUGUGGGUCGUGCUGAGGACUGGAUUCGAACAGAGACCUUGUCAUCCUGGCUUAAUGCCCCAGCCUUUGUCGCAGCCAUGGUCCUGAGCCCGGCUGAGUUGGGGGAUGAAGUUGGAGAUGAUGAAAUCUUCUUCUUCUUCACGGAGACCUCCCGGGUGUUGGACUCAUAUGAACGCAUCAAGGUCCCUCGUGUGGCCCGAGUGUGUGCGGGGGACCUUGGGGGCAGGAAGACCCUUCAACAGAGAUGGACAACAUUUCUAAAGGCUGACCUGCUGUGUCCAGGCCCUGAGCAUGGCCGGGCCUCGGGGGUCCUGCAGGAUAUGACAGAGCUUCGGCCUCAGCCUGGGGCGGGGACCCCCGUCUUUUACGGCGUCUUCUCCUCCCAGUGGGAAGGAGCUACCAUCUCUGCUGUGUGUGCCUUCCGACCCCAAGACAUUCGGGCAGUGCUGAAUGGUCCCUUUAGAGAGCUAAAACAUGACUGCAACAGGGGACUGCCUGUCAUGGACAACGAGGUGCCCCAGCCCAGACCUGGAGAGUGCAUCACCAACAACAUGAAGCUCCAGCAGUUUGGGUCCUCACUCUCCUUGCCAGACCGCGUGCUCACCUUCAUCAGAGACCACCCGCUCAUGGACAGGCCAGUGUUCCCAGCGGAUGGCCGCCCCCUGCUGGUCACUACCGAUACAGCCUAUCUCAGACUUGUGGCCCACAGGGUGCCCAGCCUCUCGGGGAAGGAAUAUGAUGUGCUCUACCUGGGGACAGAGGACGGACAUGUCCACCGGGCUGUGCGCACUGGAGCUCAGCUCAGCGUCCUGGAGGAUCUGGCCUUGUUCCCAGAACCAAAGCCAGUUGAGAGCAUGAAAUUGUACCAUGGUUGGCUCCUGGUGGGCUCCCACACUGAGGUGACACAAGUGAACACCAGCAACUGUGGCCGUCUCCAGAGCUGCUCGGAGUGUAUCCUGGCCCAGGACCCUGUGUGUGCCUGGAGCUUCCGGCUUGACGCCUGUGUGGCCCACGCCGGGGAGCACCGAGGGAUGGUCCAAGACAUCGAGUCAGCAGAUGUGUCUGCUUUGUGUCCGAAAGAACCUGGAGAACACCCGGUAGUGUUUGAAGUUCCGGUGGCCACUGCGGGCCAUGUGGUCCUGCCGUGUUCCCCUAGUUCGGCCUGGGCAUCCUGUGUGUGGCACCAGCCCAGUGGAGUGACCGCACUCACCCCCCGGAGGGAUGGGCUGGAGGUGGUGGUGACCCCCGGGGCCAUGGGGGCUUAUGCCUGUGAGUGUCAGGAGGGCGGAGCAGCCCGCGUGGUGGCUGCUUACAGCUUGGUGUGGGGCAGCCAGCGGGGACCCUCACACCGGACCCACACAGUGGUGGGGGCUGGACUGGUUGGCUUUUUCCUGGGGGUUCUUGCAGCAUCCCUCACUCUCCUCCUGAUUGGUCGCCGCCAGCAGCGUCGGCGUCAGAGGGAACUUUUAGCUAGAGACAAGGUGGGCUUAGACCUGGGGGCUCCACCUUCUGGGACCACAAGCUACAGCCAAGACCCUCCCUCUCCUUCUCCUGAAGAUGAAAGGCUGCCCCUGGCCCUGGGCAAGAGGGGCAGUGGUUUCGGUGGCUUCCCUCCACCCUUCCUGCUGGAUUCUUGCCCAAGCCCCGCCCACAUCCGGCUCACUGGGGCUCCUCUAGCCACGUGCGAUGAGACAUCCAUCUAGAGCCAGGAGCGUGACUGCCAGCCCAUGAGCAAUCACUGGAACUAGCGGCUACCAUGACCUGGGUCACUGCACCUGGGAGGUGACAUGGCUGCUCAGUGCUCAGGAGCCUGUGUGAUCACUGGACGUCACUGUCUGUUCCUGGACCUGGAUGGGCUGAGGGGCAGCCUUUGCCUGGUUCUUGAUUCUCAUGAGAGAUCAGUCGUGUGGGAUGAAGCAAGGACGUAGCUCUGACUUGCUCUGUGGUGGGCCGGGACAGAAGGAAGCACCGCAGAGGCUGUCGGGGUGGCUGUAUGAUUUUCCAGUUUGCUGGCUCCGGGGAGCGCAUGAUCCCCUGACUGCCUUGAGAUCUCCUGCAUCUCAGUUUCCCUAUGUUCCUGGGAGAGUGUGUGUGUGCACACUGGUGUGCCUAGACCUGUCCCUUUGUGCAUGAAGGACAGGGCCAGUGCCUAGGGCUCUUGGGGGUAGGAGGGCAAAGCUGGAAUGGAGGACAUUGCCCAUACAGCUUUACCCUCUGUAGCCCAUGAGGGAAACCACACACCCUCACCACCCCACAGAGCUUCUUUAACUUUGAGCAAAGUUCCCAAAGUGACCUUCUGGGUGGGAAGGGCAGCAGGACAUGUGGCCCCCAUCCUUCUCCCUGUCUUUACCCUCUGGCCACCACCACUGCCAUGCCACCGCUGUGCUUUCCUUGGCUGGAGUGGAGGCUGAGCCCGCUUUUCUUGGCUCCCAUUUAAAUGAACUUCACAACAUUCUGAAUUUGGGGCAGGACAAAAGGAGCCCAGAAAGGUGUGUAGGGAAUACAAGCAAGUUAAAGGUAUAUUCGCCUCAGUGACUUUCACCCUUGCCCUAAAGCAGGAAUACCCUGGCUGGGGUCCACGGAGUCCCUGAAAUUGUAUGCAAAAUGUCUGUUUGUGUGUGUCUAUUUUGGGGUGUGUGUGUGUGAUGGCUUUCAUCAGAUGUUCAAGGCCUUAAUGAGGUUAAAGGACCACAGCUCAUUGUUGCCAUGCUUGGGCCGAGCGGAGGAGGCACCACUCUGUGGCAGCUCCUCCGUGGCUUGCCGCCUGUGGCCGGUCCCUAGACGCGCUGCUGCCGAGACCCCACGUCCCUCCAGUCCUUGGAAGUUAGGCUCUGCACGUGCUUGAAGACAGUCACCCUUCUUGCGUUGUAAUCCCGUGUGCUCUGCUUCUGCUCAGUCCUGGCCUGUGAACGUGCCUCGUCCGUCCCUGGUGAGGGACCUCACGCUUCAGUGAUGACGCAGCCCUUUCCAGUUGAAGUUUCUGCUCCACUUUCCUUGACAGCAGCCUGUGAACUCCUCAAGAGUCCCCUUGGGUUUGGAGUUAUCAGUGGUUUUGAGUGGGACCUUUGGCUCAUAAUUUAAACUAGGGUUAUUGGUUUAUUCAUCUAUAAAGCGGGGAUAUACCUACCUCAGGGUUGCUGCAAGGAUCAAAUGAGGAAAUGUGUAAACAAUAAAGCAUUACCUAUA